AAGGAUCGCCGUUUAAUAAAAUAUCUUCGACGUCUCCGCCAACCAACGACUAUGAACUGAUCCCCUUCUAAUCAUAGAAAAAGAGAUUCCAACAAAUUAUCCGAUCAACAAUCCAAAAACCCAAUCCCAAAUCCAAAAACCGAGCCCUGUCAAUUCCGUCAUGGGUGUCGCCGAUGGACCCACCGACGCUGUACCCGACUCCGAAACCUCUCUUUUACUACCCAUCACCACAACCACCACCUCCGCGACAGUCACUGUGUCUAGUUCCGUCAUCCUUGAAAAUGCCCCAAAAGACACUUUCCACUUAGCCUACAUAAUCUACUUCACUCUCGGCCUCGGCUUUCUUCUCCCAUGGAAUGCCUUCAUCACCGCCGUCGAUUACUUCUCCUACAUCUAUCCCGGUGUCUCCGUUGACCGCAUAUUCGCCGUCGCUUAUAUGUUGGUGGGUCUCUGUUGCCUGUUGGUGAUAGUCUUUUAUGCGCAUGUAUCUGAUGCUUAUGUUAGGAUAAAUGCGGGUCUCGCCCUUUUUGUGCUGGCGCUGUUGGUUGUCCCGGUUAUGGACGCGGUUUAUAUAAAGGGUCGAAUCGGGUUGUAUGAUGGCUUUGAUGUUAGUAUCGGUGCGGUAGCGCUUUCCGGUAUGGCGGAUGCGUUGGUCCAAGGUGGGCUUAUUGGGGCUGCUGGGGAGUUGCCGGAGAGGUAUAUGCAGGCUGUUGUUGCUGGCACUGCUGGUUCGGGGGUCCUUGUUUCAUUUCUAAGAAUCAUCACCAAAGCUUUAUAUUCUCAAGAUGGACAUGGCCUUAGAAAAAGUGCAAAUCUUUAUUUUGCUGUUGGAAUUGUGGUUAUGGCCAUAUGUAUUGUAUUUUACAAUGUGGCACAUCACCUUCCAGUUAUUAAGUACUAUACUGAUUUGAAAAAUCAGGCUGUCAAUGAGGAAAAGAAGGAGAAAGGGCCUCUAACUGGGGCUCAGUGGAGAUCAGCCCUGUGGGAGAUUGUCGGCAGUGUCAAAUGGUACGGGAUUGGAAUCCUGCUCAUAUAUCUUGUGACUUUGUCGAUAUUCCCAGGUUAUAUAACGGAGGAUGUGCAUUCUGCAACUCUCAAGGACUGGUAUGCGAUCCUUCUCAUCGCAGGCUACAACGUGUUUGAUCUGAUCGGCAAGUCUUUGACUGCAGUCUAUCUGCUGGAAGAUGCAAAGCUUGCCAUUGGCAGUUGUUUUGCAAGAUUGCUCUUUUUCCCUCUCUUUUUAGGUUGCUUGCAUGGCCCUAAAUUCUUCCGAACAGAGAUCCCGGUAACAAUCUUGACUUGUCUUUUGGGUCUUACUAAUGGCUACUUGACAAGCGUUUUGAUGAUUUUGGCCCCAAAAGCUGUCCCAAUACAGCAUGCAGAGACUGCUGGGAUUGUUAUUGUUUUAUUCUUAGUUCUUGGUCUGGCUGUUGGCUCCAUUGUAAGUUGGUUUUGGGUCAUCUGAUAUCAUAUCCAAAUGGGAAUUUGUAUGAAAUUGUAAUUGUUGAACAGCAGUCUCUCUCAGUCGGUAAAACUUUGUAAACUUAGUUUUAAUUUAACUUGUGCUAAUGAAUUUUAAUGUAACCUGUUCUAACGGAUAAUUGUAAUUGAAUUGACCUUAUUCUUUUCUUUAAUUA